UCCCCUUCAAGUCCCAGCCCCCACAUGACAUUUGAGGUGCUAUAAAAGUUCCCCCAGCUGGCUGGCACUGAGGACCAGUAGAAGUGCAAUAUCUACGCUGUACUGUACGCCAGACUCACCUCAGCAUGCCGCCCAGGAAUAUUCUGAUUUUCCUCUCGCUAGUAGUUCUGCUAGUGGAAGCUGAACUAGAUACGAACGAUGGGGGUAUCCAAGCCAUGUCCACAGACAAGGACUCCACCUCUGACGAAGCUCCCACUGAAAGCAUGAACGCCGUCUCCCCAGACCAGCCCAACGACGAACCUCUGUAUGACAAUCGAGGGACAGCAGAUGCCAGCAGCACCAGUGCAGAAGCCGCUCCUGAGGCUCCCAAGCCAAAUGUAGUGAAUGGUGCUGGCGCUGCUGCCAACAGUGUCGAGGACGACGAUGAAGACGACGAUUCUAACUCGGAUGAAGGUGCGAGAAAACGAAUCAUCCCACGCGCUUCCAAAUCCCAAAAGACAGUGGGAACUCGGAGCAAGCCCCAGUCCACCAGGAGGAGGUCCCGUAGGCCCUCCGCCCGCCAGAUCUGAGCUCUCACAGACACACGGAGACUGACGUCUUUCACAUUAGCUGGUCUCAUCCUAAAACAAUCCUUAUCUCGUAAGUCCUAAAAGACAAAUCUGGGGAGAUUCUGUCGGUGAGGAAAAAGGUGGAGCCUUUACAGACAACAUAACCCUGACCUAACCCAUUCCAGACAGAUCAAGUAAACAAAUCUGCCAUUUAAAACACAAAAAAUUUAAUACAGGAUUUUUCACGCCUGAAUACUAAAGACCUGUAAUAUAGACUUUAUAGCACCCAGCCACAACACCAGUAAUAGAGACGCCCAGCCAUACAACAACACCAGUCAUAUAGACCCUUUGUGUAACGCCAGUAAACACAGUCAGCUAUAAUACCAGUAAAACAGACCCCUGGUAUAAUACCAGUAAUAUAGACAGCCACAAUGCCAGUAAUCUAGUCCCUUGGUAUAACACCAGUCUGCUAUCUCAGACCCACACCAGCCUGGUCAGCGUGGUAGUGCCACCAUGUUGACUAGCUACACUGUCACAUUCAUGCUCUGCCCCUGCAGGGCUGCAGGCUGCUUGGCUGUCUAUAACUACAACCACAGAAGGCACUGAUCUGGGGGGCACCCUCCUGCUAUAACAGCCAUUAACCAGCGGGUGGCGCUGUGGGAUUAAAGGCUAGCUACACAUGGGCAACUAUAGAACAGCGACAACCCGCUUUAGUUAUAAUGGGCUACGAAACAAAUCUUGAAUUGAUGAUCUAUUUUUCUUCAUCCUUUACAGGCAAGCGCUAAACAAAUGUCAGAAUGUCAGACUGGCGAUACUGGUGCUGUCCCUCUGAAGACCCUUACUCACCCGUGUUAUAGCUUGUAGUAGCUAGUCUCUAUAACAUCACUCUUGUCUUGAGACACAGUCAGUGUUCAAAUCAAAAGUGUCUCUUUUUAUUUCUAAUGGUCAUUUUUAUACACACCGUAUUUAACAUAUGUAUAAACAUUUUGGGACGAACAUCCAAACAUGUGAAUAUAUUAACCUCUCUGUCUUAACUUCCUGAAUAAACUUCUCUCAGCAAA